GAGAAGAAGGAAGCCAAACCUGUGGUUUCUAAAGAACAAGCAAAAUUGGAAGAGAAAAAAUCCAAGGAAAAAGAGGAAACGAAGGCACCCUCGGCGGAAGUAGGGAAAGUUCCAGACGAAAAGAAAUCGAAAGAAAUUGAAGGAAAAACAAAUGUGGCUGAAAAGGAGAAAAAUCAGGGAAAAACUUCACCUUCUAAAGAAAAAGGGGAAAGGGUAGAAAACAAAAGUCAGGACUCGAAAGAAAAGGUGGAGAAGAAAGCAGAUAAGUCAAAAGAAAAGGAAACAGUGGAAAAUGAAAACAGAGGAAAAUCAAAGGAAAAUAUAGUAUCGCAAGGCAUUGACUCGAAAGAAAAGCCAGACAAAGAACAGCGGAAAUCGAAAGAGAUACAAGAAGUUAAACCGAAAAAAGUCUCCUCAAAAGAACCAGAAGGAAAAAAAGACGGCAGUACCUCCAAAAAGAGGUUGUAUGACGAUAAAACGGCUAAGGAGAAGAAUACAAUCAAAAUAACUAAAGAAAAAACUAAAGAACAGGAAGUCAAGCCUAAAGAGAAAAUGACUAGCAAAGAGGCUAAUAUCCAGAACAUGAAAUCUCAGGUGCUCCCCACCAAGGUCAAAUCCAAACCGUCUGCACGAUUACCUGUGAAACCAUCUUGA